AUGCCUGUAGAAACGGUAGCCGAAUUACGCUCCAGGCGAGGAAUCGCUAAAUCCAAAAUAACUCGCAUUGAGAACUUCGUUAAAAAUUUCAAAAAUACAGAUAACGUUUAUCACCUUGAAGUACGGUUAGAAACAUUAGAAAACGUGAUCAAAGAAUACGAAAGUUAUCAAACUCAAAUUGAGUUGCAAGACAACGCAGAUAACGAUCGCGAAAUUAUCGAGGCACAGUAUUACAACAUAAUAGUUGACAUUCGAGAAAAAUUAAAUAAAUAUUCACCUUCAUCGGCGUCUAGUCAAAAUAAUAGUAAUCCUAACAAUAAUCAUCACUUAGAAACGUCCAUCAAACUUCCUACGUUAAAUUUACCAACAUUUUCAGGUUCAUAUUCGGAAUGGCUGUCAUUCAACGACAUAUUUUGCUCGUUAAUUGAUCAGAACAAUAGUUUAAAUAACUGCCAAAAAUUUCACUAUUUAAAAUCCUCAUUGAAGGGAGAAGCGUUAGCGACAAUUGACGCUCUCACUAUUUCGGCAGAUAAUUACAAAUCGGCCUAUGACUUGUUAAGAAAAAGAUACAAUAACGUAAGACUAAUUACUCAAGAACAUAUUUUAGCUAUCAUUAAUAGUCCUGUUAUCCUUAAAACAAAUUCUGUAGCUCUGAGAAAAUUAUGUGUCGACGUUACGACAAACAUUGAAGCACUUCGCAUACAAAAUUUACCCGUAGAAAGUUGGGAUGCAUUAAUUGUUCCAUUAAUUGUAGAAAAACUAGACUAUACAAGUCGUAAAGAAUGGCAGGCAACAUUAAAUAGUGAAAUACCAAAAUUGACGGAUCUGAUUUCAUUUUUAGAAAAACGUUGCGAACUUUUGGAAUCAAUGCAACAAAUAUCAGUAAACAAAACACAUAGCAUAGAUAUCAACAAACAUAAUAAUAAUUUCAAUAAAAACUGUCAGCGCGAGUCUACAACAAAACAACUAUUGCCUAACAUCACAUCAAAAUAUCCAUGCCAAUUCUUUUCAAAAUCUCAGUUCAAUAUACCCAUAAAUAUUAAUUUAGCAGAUCCUAAUUUUAAUGAACCCUGUACCGUUGAUCUUUUGUUAGGUGCAGAGUACUUUUGGCAAGUAAUUUGUAACGGUCGAAUUAACAUAUUUAAUAAUCAAGUAUUCCUUCGUGAGUCCGUUUUCGGAUGGGUCUUAACAGGUAAAAUUUCCGGUCCUUCGCAGAACAAUAUUGUCGCCUGUAUUUCAAACGCAAAUCCCCAAGAUAUGCUAAACAAAGAAAUUCAUAAAUUUUGGGAAUUAGAAGAAACAGCUGUAAACACCAGUAAUUCCUUUUCCGUGGAAGAACUUACCUGCGAACGGCAUUUCUCAGAAACGGUCAAAAGAGAUAUUAACGGUCGGUUUAUGGUUCGCCUACCCUUUAAGAAGGAUAUUACCAUGCUGGGGGUUUCCGAUGUAACCGCCCUAAAACGUUUUAUGGCACUAGAAACUCGUUUGAACAAAAAUAAUUCUCUUAAAGCCGAUUAUACAAACUUUCUAGACGAAUAUUUAGCUCUAGGUCACAUGAAAUUAGUUACAGGUGAAUCUGAUUUUCACACUAAACAAUUAUAUUUUUUUCCACAUCACGCGGUGAUAAAGAGUUCGAGUACUACCACCCGAGUGCGUGUGGUGUUUGACGGAAGCUGCAAAACAAGUACCGGUGUCAGCUUAAACAAUAUUCUAAUGGUAGGUCCAACUAUUCAACAAGACUUGUUUUCAAUCAUUACGCGCUUUCGGACCUACCAAUUCGCAUUCAGUAGCGACGUAGUAAAAAUGUAUCGUCAAAUAUGGGUCGAUCCUUCAGAUACACCUUACCAAAGGAUUUUUUGGCGCAAGAGUAGUGACAAACCAGUUGAGGUAUAUGAGUUACAGACCGUAACGUAUGGUACCGCGUGUGCCCCAUACUUAGCUAUCAAAUGUUUACAAAAAUUAGCCAUCGAUGAACAACUCGAUUUUCCUCUAGCCUCGACAAUUAUCUUACGCGAUUUCUAUGUUGAUGACUUGCUUACGGGUACUAAUUCAGUCAAAGAAGCCAUAGAAUUACGCAAUCAAUUAAUUGGCGCCUUAAAUAGGGGUGGUUUUCAAUUACAAAAGUGGGCAUCUAAUUGUCCGGACAUUUUGCCCAAUUGUAGUCAAAAUAACGAUGUAGUUAAAUUAGACCAUAACGACGAGGUCAAAACACUAGGUUCAACGUGGAAUUGCAAAACGGACUGUUUAAAAUAUGUCGUGGAAACAAAGCCCGUGGAAAAUACUACUAAACGAUCCAUCUUAUCAAAAAUCGCGAGAAUUUAUGAUAUUCUAGGUCUCUUGUCACCCGUCCUUGUUUUGGGAAAAAUCUUAAUUCAAAAGUUGUGGCUCAUUAAACUCGACUGGGAUGAUCCUUUACCGGAAGAAAUACGACAAACGUGGCUUAAACUUGAACAAGAAUUACCCAUAUUAAACACACUACAAAUACCUAGAAAGGUUGUAUCAAAUCAAUACAAUAACGUCGAAAUUCAUGGAUUUUGCGAUGCGUCCAUGUCGGCUUAUGGUGCCUGUGUUUAUAUCCGAACGUUGGACUUAAACACAAAUUCGUACAAAACAGAAUUAUUAUGCGCACGAUCACGUGUUGCUCCAUUAAAAACUAUUACACUGCCUCGACUAGAACUUUGCGCAGCCGUGCUAUUAGCCCGGUUAAUACACAAAUUAUUACCUACAAUAAAUCUAAACAUAACAACGCAGUAUUUGUGGACAGAUUCAUCAAUAGUCUUAUCUUGGUUAGCAUCAUCGCCAAGUACCUGGAACGUUUUCGUUGCAAAUCGCGUUGCUGAAAUAAGCACAUUAACGAGUAUUUCUAAUUGGCAUCACGUUAAAUCUGCUGAUAACCCUGCAGACAUUGUCUCAAGAGGUGAAUUACCUAGUAAACUUAUUACGUCUGAUUUGUGGUGGCACGGUCCACAUUGGUUAUCAAAAAAUAAGUCAGAAUGGCCAGCUUCAUUCGUUAGUUCAAAUGCACAAAAUGUACCAAUUUUAGAAAAACGCGCCAAGUUGAAAAUUUUGGUGGCGACCAAUAACAACGUACUUCCAUUGUUAACAAAAUAUUCAUCCUUCGAUAAACUCCAGUCAAUACUAGCAUAUUGUCUCAGAUUUAUUCACAACUAUGUAGUUGAUCGUAACAAUAAAUUAUCAGGUCCAUUUUCAACUAAAGAAUUAAAUGACGCAACCAACAAAAUCAUUAAGUUAGUCCAAGCAUCAGAAUUUCUAAGUGAAAUACAUGACUUACAGCGUGGCAGAGAAAUUAACAAGUCAAGCAAACUACUUAAAUUAAAUCCAUUUUUAGACAAAAGGGGUAUUUUAAGAGUGGGAGGUCGCCUAAUCAACGCGGAUAUCAAUUAUGAACAAAAAUUUCCAAUCGUUCUACCAUCGAAACAUCACGUGACCAAGUUGAUUAUUCUUAAAACACAUAAGGAGCAAUUACACGCAGGUCCAGCAGCGACUCUUGCUGCUGUUCGCGAAAAAUAUUGGCCGAUUGCAGGCAGAUCAGUAAUUAGAAAUUUGCUACACAAAUGCUAUGUUUGUUUUCGAGCAAAUCCGCAAUCUAAUGAUCAAUUAAUGGGCAAUUUGCCUGCUCUGAGAGUGCAGCCAUCCCGUCCUUUUCUUAAUUGCGGCAUAGACUAUGCAGGACCCAUUGUUAUGAAGGAAGGUGGCCGUCGUAGUAAAAAAACCACCAAAGUUUACAUUGCGUUAUUCAAAUGUUUUGCAACAAAGGCUGUCCAUAUAGAAUUAGUUACUGACUGCACUUCAGAAGCAUUUUUGAGUACACUAAAACGAUUCAUGGCGCGAAGAGGCAAAAUUUCAACCAUUCAUUCUGACAAUGCGACUUAUUUUACAGCAGCAAAUAAAGAACUAAACAAAUUAUUCCAUUCUUCACAAUUUGAAAGCGAAGUAGUUCAAUCUCUAGCAAAAAAUAAUAUUAAAUGGUACUUCAUACCAGCACGCUCUCCUCAUCGCGGCGGUUUUUGGGAGGCAGGUAUCAAGUCGAUAAAAUAUCAUCUAAAACGUGUUGCGAGUAAUGCUUUAUUGACGUAUGAGGAGCUCUAUACGCUUUUGACGCAGAUUGAAGCAUGCAUCAACUCCCAACCCCUGACUCCAUUAUCCUCUGACCCGAGCGAUCUCACGGCCUUAACUCCUGGGCAUUUCCUCAUCGGCGGAAAAUUAACAACCUCAGUCGAAGACGAUGUUACAAUGGUGAAAGAGAAUCGUCUGUCACGGUGGCAACGCGUCCAACAACAGGCGCAAAGCUUUUGGAAGCGCUGGUCAGGGGAGUUCCUAAACACGCUGCAACAAAGAAAGAAGUGGAAUCGCACUGCUAAAACAGAGGUGAAGCCAGGACUUCCCGUUCUACUACGCGAAGACAAUCUCCAUCCGAUGUGCUGGCGAAUGGGAGUCGUCAUGGAGACACAUCCAGGAAAAGAUGGGAUCGUCCGGACAGCCACCAUCAGGACAUCAUCGGGACCUGUCGUGCGGGCCACAAACCGAAUCUGCCCGUUCCCCAUCGACGACGACACCCAGUACAGCCCUGCACAAGAGCGGUACAACCCCACCACCCACCCUUCGACGGCACAAGAGCGGUACAACCCCACCACCCACCCUUCGACGGCACCGGGGUGGUACGGACCCAGACAGAACGCACCUCGCACCUGCGGCGCGACGCCACAAAUUCGAACAUUUAUUCCCGACGGCGCCCCUCUAGAGCGCAGCGUUUCCGAGAUCAGCUUGCUGUGA